AUGGCCCUCGACUCUUCCUCCGACGACCUUUCCUCCCUCCUCUCCGACCUGUCCUCUCCGCCUUCUUCCCCCCUGAGCUCGCUCGCUACCUCUCCGUCGCCGCCUCCGCCGGACGAAUGCCCGAUGUUGUAUCCGUCGCGUCGGCGCUCCGCGCCCUAUCCCAGUCCGCCAGCAUCACAACAAACCUCGCAGAGCGGCUCGCCCGCACCAGACGGCAUGGACUCGACCGACAGCACCGACAAGGACGGCCAGCCACCUGCUAAGCGCCGGAGAAUCUCGAAGGAACGCACUACGGAGUAUUUGGACCUACGGAAAGACAGUAUAGAUCCAGAACAGCAGCCUCAACUCGACCGUCUGCUCAAUGUCUUGCACAAACGCCAGAAGAUUGUGGUCAUUGCUGGCGCCGGCAUCUCCGUCUCUGCUGGCAGUAUGUUCCACUGCUCACCACCUAACCUCCCAAGACGCGCCUGUUUGCUGAUAUGUACAACACAGUUCCUGACUUUCGCUCCUCGCAAGGCCUAUUUCGAAGUCUCAAAGAAGAAUACAACCUCAAGGGCUCUGGAAAGCACCUUUUCGACGCGUCUGUCUACAAAGACGACGUGUCGACAUCGUCUUUUCAUGACAUGGUCAGCACCAUGUCGCGUCUCACCAAGGAUGCCAAACCCACUGCUUUUCACCACAUGUUAGCCACCAUUGCUCAAGAAGAUCGCCUGCUACGCCUGUACUCCCAAAAUGUUGACGGUAUCGACACCUCCCUUGCUCCGUUGAAGACCUGCAUUCCCCUGCGCAAAGAACAAGACGGCAAAUGGCCGCGUACUGUCCAGCUUCACGGUGGCCUCGACACCAUGGUCUGCACAAAAUGUCACGAGCUCUCGAACUUGAAUCCCGAAUUGUUUACUGGCCCUGUACCGCCGCUAUGUCCGAGUUGUGAGGAAACCAACAAUAUCCGCACAAAUCAUUUGGGCAAGCGAAGUCACGGAAUUGGCAGAAUGCGCCCACGCAUGGUCCUCUACAACGAGCACAACCCGGACGAUGAGGCCAUCGGAGCGGUGACGAAGGAAGACCUCCGCAAGCGGCCAGAUGCUGUGGUCGUCGUAGGAACAACACUCAAGGUACCUGGAGUGCGGAGAAUUGUUCGAGAGAUGUGUGCAACUGUACGCGACCGGAGAGGCGGUGUCACCAUCUGGAUCAACAACGACCCUCCACCAGUAGCCAAGGAUCUAGAGGAUUGCUGGGACAUUGUUGUACAAGGCCCAAGCGACCAAGUCGCGAAACAUGCUGCCAUGCGAAAAUGGGACGAGCCCGUUGUCUGCGAUUAUUUCGCCGAGGUUAGUGACGCGGAUGCUAAAAAGGCUACCGAGAAGACACUGCGGGUUCAAUUGCCAACAAAGACCAAAUGCGAAGUUCCGCACGCCAAGAUGGCGCCCCUACCAUCUGGUUCACACAAGAACAAUAGUUUCCGACCGCCACCCCCAGGCGCAACGCCCACCAAAUUACCGAGCACUGGGCCAGAUUGGAGCCCAGUCAGCAGCCGGAGGUCCUCGGCGCUGCCGAGUAUCGAAACUGCCCCUAAUGAGGACGAUGAUAUCACUGUUCAGGACAGGGACACAAUCUUGGUCUCUACGCCAACUGGUCUGCUGACUCCGUCAAAAUCUCACCGCAAUUCUCCUGCAACCAAAAAGGCUCCUACGAAGAAGCAGACUUCGUUGAAGCUCAAUUGCACGAGCAAGGAAUCAUCCAAAAAGAUCAACAAGCCUACUUCGACCGGGGCCCAAAAGUCUGCCGCACCGACGAAGAAGACGAGCAAGUACACCAAGAAGUCAUCUUCGCAGUCCAAAGCAGAGGUACUGCCGAAACGCGAUAUCAAGUCUACGUUCACGUCGAGCAAGACAGCGUCUGUGGUGGCCAGAGCAGGGAAAAAAGGACUCGCCAGCCCAGUGAGCAGUCCAAGCAAGCUGCGGCACGUCUCCAAUUCCUCAGAGUCUCUCCUGGAGCCGAUGCAUCCGCUCUCGCCCCAGGAUCCGAGGAACAACACGGCUCUACCAGCUUCCGCACAAGGCGGACUGAAAGAGGUGAGACCAAGUCUCUCAAAGAACGAGAGGCCAGGACACAAGAGUCGGAUGAGCAUUUCCACCGUUAUGAACUAA